AUGUACGAUACCUGGCGACGCAAUUACGGUGAUGCUUUCUGGGCGUCUCAAUCAGCGGUGUUGCGAAUUGAAACUUCAACAAAGAGGGCAGUGAAAGAGAUUGUCGAAGGGAGCGAUCAUGUCAGGAUAAGAUUUAUACGCCAAUAUGUCAGGGGUGAGAUGCGGUCCCCGUUGGCCACAUAUUCCCCAGGUUCAAUUGAAAAACGGACGCCGAUUAUUGUCUCUUCUCCCACUCUCCCACCAUUGAAAAGCGCGAAACAUUCAACGACUGUGGAGGUAGAGUUUGGGUCGAAGUUAGCCCAAAGCGACAGCAACUAUGACGAGUCAAAUCCUUCAUGCGCGGAAGAAGUAUCUAUCGAUAUAACCGAACUCGAGUUACUGGAAACACUGAACAGGAUCGAGCAACACUCCAAUGGGGCUGAAGAAGCACUCCAGGUCGUCUUGGACGAUGACACGGAUUCAGACUCUGAAGAACAAGGACAUUGUGAGCCAUUAGUGUAUGGGUGCAUCUACUAUCAGUUGUAG